AUGCCGCCACAACGAACAACUAGUAGUGUCACCUAUCGACAAUUAACUAUAUCAUCUGUUUGUUUAGUUGAAUAUGUAUAUUACAGUUUUCCUAAAAAUGAAAGAAAGAGGAAAGCGUGGUGUAAAGCGAUUAAUAUACCCGAAGCUUGUUUAACAACAAGAUCAACAUUAUGUUCCUUGCAUUUCCGAGUACAAGAUUUGUAUGGAUCUCCAGAAAUACGUAGAUAUGUUAAAGAAUAUGCAAUUCCUUUUUUAGUGAAACCAACAUCAACAUCGUGCAAAGAACAAUGUACAAAAAACUUAGAAGCAUACGACGAUGAACCUGUGAAAAUACAUAAGAAAACUAAAGGUUCUGCAAUAAUUAUCGAUACAAACCAGAUGGAAAUAGGACGAGAUAUUGAUAUCACACAGUUAAACUUACUUAAGAAAACAGCUGCUGAAAAUAUGGACGAAAAAAUUAAUUUAACAUGUAAGUAUUUUCUGCAUAUAAUAUGCAACAGAAAAAUAUUUCUUGCUACAUUCUGUAAUAUACAUACAAAUAUGCAUAGAGAUAUAUACAAUGCAUUUCCUUCUGACUUAAUUCUGUAGCACAAUCAUCUUCCAAAGUAUGCAAAGGUACUGCAGUAUCUCCUUGCAGGAUUUAUUAUUCACCGGAAAAGGUUAAAUUAUGACAAGAA